AUGACAGAGGUUACCAGUGCAGACUAUUCCAAACAAGGAUACCACGAAAUACCGAAGAUGGCAUAUUCCACACCCAUCAACUGGCUUAUACUUUCCGAUAACAAAAUAAGAGAGGUGCCUGAAAGCAUAAAGGAGCUCAAGGCCCUGAGUAGGCUUGCACUGAAUGACAACAGGAUCGAGGAAAUCCACCCAGGAAUCGGCUCUCUUGUGGGCCUCACGUGGAUCGACCUCACCAGAAAUAGGCUCAGGUCUCUGCCAGACGAAAUGGCAAAUCUGAAGAGGGUUUCUGGGCUUGGUCUAAGCGAAAACAACUUCUCUGAAAUUCCCAGAUGUAUAUUCAAGAUGACAAAUCUCCGGAAAUUCGGCUUCUUCUCAAAUAAGAUCAGAGCCAUCCCAAAGGACAUUAGGUUUCUUAUAAAUCUGAUCAAGAUAGACCUGUCCAACAACGAAAUCUCAUCGCUUCCAGACGAGUUCUGCGAGCUGAAGAAUCUGAACUGGCUGAACUUGUCGAAUAACAAGCUACAGAAGCUUCCAGACGGAAUCAACAAUUUGGUGCAGCUAGAGGAGCUUGGCCUUGGAGCAAACUGCCUUACGGAACUGCCGGAUAUGAGCAGCCUAAAGAAACUGAGGAUUCUUCCAGUCUUCAAAAAUCAACUAACAAGCGUAAACCAAAGCAUAUCUCGCCUCAGCAGCAUUGAAAAGCUAGACUUCAGUGACAAUAACAUCACUGAGUUUCCCGGCCAUGUGAUAGGCAUCCAAACACUUAGGUAUCUGAAUCUAAAGUCAAACAGGAUCUCGAAGAUAGAUCCAAGCUCGUUCAAGGGCCGAGUAUCGUCCGUAUCAAUAAUCGAUGUGAGCGACAACCUUCUCAGCUGCAUUCCCUUGAAGUUCUUCAAGACAUUUUCAAAUGUGACGGUAAUAAGAGUCGGGGAAAACCCGUUCGUCUAUCAUGAAAGCAAGCUGGCGCCCAAUCCUGCCUUGACAGAGCUGUGCUACAACAAAUGCUUAAACAUGCAGUACAAGUGCGAAAGUUGGAUAAGAAAAAGAUAUCCCGACGUAAGGAGCUGCGAUGCAUGCAGCAGGUUGUUCACCACACAGCCUCACCUGGGGUACAACCUCAGUUCUGUCGGAGAUGGAAGCACCUUUGUCGUUGAAAAAAUGCUGUGUUCCUACGGAUGUUACAAAAGCGAAUAUAAAUAA